UUUUUGUGCGGCACUAGUUGCCCAGGACCGGCUAAUAAAGCAUAAAGCCACUGGGAGCAGCUGGGCUACAAGUCAAGUCAUAUUGGGCGGACGGAAAGCUCGAGAUGGUGGGCGAGGAUCCGAGGAUCCAAGAAAACAGAUGAUGCUAAUCCCACCAAACACGGGGGCUGCAUGUCCGCUGCAGGGUUCCAAUUGGAGACUCAAUGCCACGCAGUCGGGCUCGGACUCUUUGAUACAGCCAGUCAGUAUCUCUAUACCACAAUGGCACCAUUAUGCAUCCGAGUCGGGUGCCAAACUAUAUCUGCCGAGUCCGGAACCUCGGGUCUACGGCAUGGCUCCAACUUGUGAACGUUUUACUUGCACAGAGACAAAAUCGAAGCCAAGUGCUCCCAAGCCGUGUGCUCCCGAAUCCCGACGUCCGGCAGCCCGGACUCGGACCAGGCACCCGGCGAAACCGGGACCCGCCGCAGCCCGCCCGAGACGGAGCUCGCGCACGGGGCAUGGUCCGGAGUCCGAGUCCAUCAACUAUAAAGCUCUCUCUGCCCACGCGAGAUGGCGUUUCCAUCUAUUUCUCCCCACGUCUGCCCACUCGCUUUAGCUGAGUAGUGCCGUGGGUAUUACCUCGGUACUGUAAUACGGACUACCAGUACAUAGUUACUCAACUAGGCAAGGAGGAAUAAC